CUCCAAGCCAUCCUUUUCCAAGUUUUACAUCCCACCCUACCCAACAUAACUUUAAUUUCUCCCUAAACAAAAUUAUUUACUUAUAUAAAUAUACCAUAAAAAUUCCCAACACCUAAAUUUCUUCAAAGCAAAAAAUGUCUUCAUUGAGUGGUCGUCCUCGUGUAAUCGUCAACGGAAUUAGAAGAACAAGAACCUUUCAUUACUUUAGGUGCUUUAGCUGCCAACGCACCAUCCGUACAGUCCUUUCAAAUGCAUACGAAAUCUCAUGUCCUUACUGCUCCAAUGACGUCCAUCAUCACGAGCUCGACUUUUCCAGGCCCAUAUGGAUGAUGGGGCGGACGCCUGUCAUCAACGCGCCCGCCUCAUCAUCUUUACUCGACAGCUUAGCCCUAGCACUUGAUACUAGGGCUACCGCCUCAAGACCUAGUCCAGGGAAUAAUCAACAACAUAACAACCCAACUAACCGACAUUUUUUAGAGUCAUGGAUUACCUUCCAAUUUUCUCGAGAAAAUGACGAUGAUCAUGACGAUGAAAAUGACGAUGUUUUCACGAAUGCUUUAAACGACGUAGCAUUAGGAGGAGGAGGAGGAGAUCAUGAGCGGCGUCGGCGGCAAUCGGCCGAGCUGAUGAUGGAAGGGUUGGGUAGAGUUAGGGUUACGGAAAUGGAGCUGAGAAAGGAUCCGAUUUGUCCUGUUUGUAAGGAGGAGUUUGAGAUUGGGGAGGAAGUUAGAGAAUUGGCGUGUAAACAUUUCUAUCAUAAUGAUUGUAUUCUUCCAUGGCUAAGACUCCAUACCACUUGUCCGGUUUGUCGUUACGAUAUUGAUGAGGAUAGUAAUGAUCAUCGUGAUGACGUGUCCAAUACGGUGCGUUUUUGGUGGACUCAGUUGCUUUCUCUUUGGCCUUUUCGUGCUUUAUUCAAUGGUUGGAGACAUAGGAUGACCUUAUUUGGUUAUCCACAUGAGGAUCAACACCAUAACCUUUCUUCAGCUAACACCAGGUGGCCCUCUUGGCUCAUUAUAUGAAAAAUUGAAAAAUAUAGGGCGCAGAAAAAGAUUUGGUUAUUAAAAUGCUUAUCAUUUUAGAAAUCAAUUAAUUAAUUAAUUAAUAAUAAUAUUACUCAAGCUAACUGCAGCCACGAAAUGGUUUCAAAUUAAAUUUAUCAGGUAUAUAUACAAAGGUAUGCCACUACAUAUACUUAUUAUUCUUUUGAAGACCUAUAAAAUUCUUGUAUUUUGAUGGUAAUAUAUUUGCAUAUAUAUAUAUAUAUAGAUAUUAAUAAUAACGUAUUUUUGUCCUAGGAAAUAUAUAUCAUUUAAUUUACGUUCAGUUUAGGGACGAUUUAUAUCUUUUAUAUUUAUGCAUACACAUAUAAUUAUAUUAUAUGUUACUUCUUUCUAACGCAAUUUUGUUUUGCAGUUCUCAUUUAAGUUGGAGAUGUGUGUAGCGCAUAUAAGUAUAUAUAUGUAAAACUUAAUUUUUAUCUCUUUUAUUUAUUGACAAUGAUGUUGUUGUAACUUUGAUAAAAAUUUCAUAAAUUAAUAUUGGAUAUACAGUGAUUUCGUUUUCUAACAA